AUGUAUCCCAUGGGGAACCAUACUGAGGUGACUGAGUUCAUCCCAGUGGGUCUGACCAAUGUCCCAGAACUUCAGAUCCCACUCUCUAUCUUGUUCACCAUUAUUUACCUCUUCACUCUGGUUGGGAACCUGGGAAUGAUUGGGCUGAUUCUCUUGGACUCUCGUCUUCAUACUCCCAUGUACCUUUUCCUCAGUAACCUCUCUCUAGUGGACUGUGUGUAUUCCUCUGCUGUAACUCCGAAGGCCAUAAAUGGGUUCCUUGUAAGAGACAAUGUCAUCUCCUACAACGUGUGUGCCACCCAAAUGUUCUUUUUUGUAGGCUUUGCUACUGUGGAAAAUUUCCUCUUGGCCUCCAUGGCCUAUGACCACUAUGAAGCAGUGUGUAGGCCCCUACACUACACCACCACCAUGACAACCAGUGUACAUGCACGUCUGACCAUUGGCUCCUAUGUCUGUGGUUUUCUAAAUGCCUGCAUCCAUGUUGGGGACAUUUUCAGUAUGUAUUUAUGCAGAUCUAACAAGAUCCAGCACUUUUUCUGUGAUGUUCCAGCAGUCAUGGCUCUUUCUUGCUUUGAUGAACACAUUAGUGAGCUGGUCCUCAUUUUUAUGUCAACCUUCAACAUCUUUUUUGCCCUUCUGGUUAUCUUGAUGUCCUACCUGUUCACAUUUAUUACCAUCUUGAAGAGGCAUUCAAGUCAGGGCCACCAAAAAGCUUUAUCCACCUGUGCAUCCCACCUCACUGCAGUCUCCAUCUUCUACAGGACAGUCACCUUCAUGUACCUACAGCCCGGCUCCAGUCACUCCAUGGACACAGACAAAAUGGCAUCUCUGUUCUAUGCCAUCGUCAUCCCCAUGCUGAACCCAGUGAUCUAUAGCUUGAGGAACAUGGAGGUCAAAGGUGCAUUUAAGAAGAUGAUUGAGAAGGCAACAUUUUCUCUGGGACUGGAAUUUUAG